CGUGACCUUGCGCGCUUACAGGCGCUCACCCUGCCUUCCGAGUCUCCGUCGUCCUUUGUCUACUCAGUACUUCUGUCGGCCCAUUCGUUGAUGCAAUCUUACCUGCCUAUUCGCACUAUCACCGCCUAGGUCCUAUGAGCCUCAAAGAACAAGAACGUAGACUCUGGACAUGUCGCUGGAACUGGUGUGCUCAGGCCUUCGACCAUGCGCCUGAUCUUCUAGACCAUCUGAAGAAGGAACAUUUCAGCCGGAUCCUCAGGGUGGAGAAGCAGGAUUGGGAUGUCUACCUACGCGCAAAUGAAGGUUGUAGCGGCAUGACGGAUAGUCUGCUACAGGCAAUCCCCACUCAGUCGACCGCAUCAGCGGAUUCCAGUAUCCCAAUCGCGAAGGCCCAGAGCGAGCGAGAGAUUUUUGUGCAUGACCAUACAAAUCCGGCUCAGCCUACCGAGGUUUCUGAGCUUGAGGAUGACUUGGCUAGUCCGUUUGCCCAGAAGCCUGCACCGGGAAGUGCCCGAGAGUCACCGUCUCGCGGGCCCCCUAAAGACCUGCGGUCCCCGCUCCCGAAUUCAUCCCAUCAUUUUGCGGACUACGAUGCUGCCUCCUCCCCCAUAACGACACCAUUCGCCUCCCCUUUGCCUCCCACCCCGCCUUUACACGCACGCGUAGCUGACGCGAUUAACUCCGCUGCCUCAAAGAACGUAUCUGCGCUUCCCUUACCUCGCCGCAAACAUGUACAGCCCUCUCCGUCACCAACACCCCGCCAUGCACUCCCGCUCCCACGACGCACUGGAAGGGUACCUGCUCCCGCCUCUUCUCAGGGUUCGUCGGUAUUCGGGACAUCACACAGCGUCAAUGCUAGCGCGGACUCGUCGACAUCGAUCCAGGAAGUCGAGACACAGCUCACGGAAGGCAUGGCGGGCUCGAUGCUCUCUCAACCUGGUGCACGCGCUGGAUCGCCCCUAAAGCAGUCGGUAGUGCAGUCGCAGUCGUCUCCUGUAGAUCCAUACCCACAUCCUCGGACCCAGGCUCGAUACGACACCCAAGCGUAUUCGAACACAGACGGAGAUGUCGCCGAGCGCCGCUUCAGCUCAGGCAAUAUGGUCAUCUCUCCCGGGCCUCCCAGUUCCCCACCGUCGCAGUCACCAUCCCGGGCACAACCUCCACCAACGCACUCACGCUUGACGUCGCAGUUCAGCUCGGGAACCCUUGUUCUCCGGCCUGACUCCGAGCCACCGGACGCAAUGGACGUGGAUGAGGGCUUUUGGGCACCGUUGCGGCCUCGGACGCAGGCGGCAUAUCCGAGUCAAUGACUGGUUGGAUGCGGCUAUUGACUAUUUCUAUUCGGUCGCGUUCGAGCGUGGUUGAACAUUGACAUGUUAACAGCGAUUGCUCACUCCCAGUAUGGUACGUUUGCCAUACAUACUCCGCAGUGCAGCUCGGUGUGCAGAUGAUCGAGCGGCGUUGCGCGAGCGUUCCGCCCAGGACUAUGUAUACGACUGGGAUGGCGCGAAUUGCUUCACCUGAACACGCG